GAGAACUACAAAGAAAUUGGAUAAAAAUUGAAGCUUUUGUAAAAUGAGAUGAGAAACAUGAUAACUGACAGACAAGACACAAAUCAAGGGAAUGAUAAACAUGGGCAUGACAAAAUGAAAGAUAGGGAGAGUCAGCGAGGCAGUACAGCACCAUCUACAAGACAUAGAGACAUUAGAGGUCGAGAUAUCAAACUUGCCAACAAAUCUCGUCCUAAACUAAAGACUGCUGACAUAUUUCCAGUUGAGAUGAAGAAGGCAUUUACACAUUACAGAGUACCCCCAGCACCAUCAGACAUCAGUUACUAUAGCGAUGCUGAGGUUGAUGAUAGAAUACACAACAGGUCAAGGUCACAGACUGGUACAUAUGCACUCUACUCCCCUGAACUAAAAGAGAAAAGCACGAGAUCUCGAGGUCGUCACAUGAGAAGUAGGUCAGCGGAGGCGUCAUAUAUGUUACCUAAAGACUCAAGUACAUGGACAGAUAGUGAUUAUAGAAUAUCUGAUUAUUCCCCUACUGCUCCCGAGUCCGAUAUUACUGAGGAUCCAUCUCCACCAAGUAAAUCAAUACCAGAUACACAACUUCUCUGCAAGCGUCUGGAGGAGAAGAUCAUCAGUCUCACACGAAAUGGGAGAUAAUCUACCAAAAAGAAA